UUAUUAAGUUCAGCAAAUAAACUAAAAUCUGUACUUCGACAUAUUCGUACUUACUGGUACGCAUAUAUAGGUUGUUGUGCAGUACAGAACCUACAGAUCGUGAGACUGGAUGACAGUUGUCCAUGUCCAAGAGUAUGUCUCGUUCACUAGUGUUUGUUACGGGUAACGCUAAGAAGUUAGAGGAAGUUGUAGCAAUUCUUGGUAAAAGUUUACCGUACGAGCUUGCAAGUCAGAAAAUUGAUUUGCCUGAGUAUCAAGGUGAAGUAGAUGAAAUAUGCAUAAACAAGUGCAAGGCAGCAGCAGCAAUUGUGAGAGGUCCAGUAAUGAUCGAGGAUACUUGUCUGUGUUUCAAUGCUUUGGGUGGACUACCUGGACCAUACAUAAAAUGGUUUUUAGAUAAACUUGGACCUGAAGGUUUACACCGCCUCCUGGCUGGUUGGGAAGAUAAAACUGCGUAUGCUGUAUGCACAUUUGCAUUUUCACCAGGAGGUGAAAAUGAUGAUGUCAUUCUUUUUAGAGGGAAGACAUUUGGUACAAUAGUGAGCCCUAGGGGACCAAGAGACUUUGGCUGGGAUCCCUGUUUCCAGCCAGAUGGAUAUGAAAAAACAUAUGCUGAAUUGCCAAAAGAUGUGAAAAAUCAAAUAUCCCACAGAAGUAAAGCACUGGGUGAACUCAAAAAUUAUUUUGAAAGUAAUAAAUGAUGAUUUAAUUGUGAUUAUUAUUCAGUUUGCCUUUGAUUACCUCUUACAGACUUGUGAAAAAUAUAAAAUCCUUGUUUAUAGUGGAAUGUAAGUUGUUCUUGUUGCACUUUUGAUGUCGUUUCAAGUUUAGAUGUUUUUUGUGUUACUGGAUAUUACGUGGAGCAACAGCCCAGAGAUCUCAUCUUUAUAUGUGGAAAUUAUUGGUUGUGCAGACAGUUAUUUUGGAUACUGUAAUAAAUUCUCAGUGGACAACAAAUAAACAUUCUGAAAAAAGA